AUCUGCAAAGUAUAGACUGCUGUUUGUACGUAUAGUAUUGCGCGAGAACGUCCUGGAGCUUACAAAAAUGCAUGCUGGAGCCAUGAAUCAAACUUGGUCAUGUGACAGAGGGGAGGUACUGGGCUGGCUCCCAGCCAGUGGUAGGAGCUGAUGGGUGGAACAAACGGGGCAUAAAAAGACUAAUAUGACUAACGGAUCCUGGAUGCGUGGUACCCUUAUUUGGAUCUACAGGAAUGUAGGCUCUAGCAGUUCUGCAGCUCUACCAGCCUUUUGCUUGACACUGGAACUGCUGCCCACAAAGUAGAAUCCUGCUGCUCUGUGGUAGGAAGGAUAGAGAAAGAACAUGGCCUGCAUUUUGAAGAGAAAGUCCAUUGUUGCUGUGAGUUUCGUUGCAGCAUUCCUCUGUCUGAUCAUUGUUCGUCUCACAAAUGAAGUAACUUUCCCUUUGAUCCUAAACUGCUUUGGACAAACCAGCGCCAAAUGGAUACCUUUUUCUAAUGGCCAAAGGCAGCCUUUGAGAACUCAUUAUGGAUAUAUAAAUGUGAAAACACAAGAGCCUCUACAACUUGACUGUGACCUCUGUGCCAUUGUUUCAAACUCGGGACAGAUGGCUGGCCAGAAGGUGGGAGCCGAGAUAGACAAGUCCUCAUGCAUAUGGAGGAUGAACAAUGCUCCCACAAAGGGCUAUGAGGAGGAUGUUGGAAAGAGGACAACAGUAAGAGUGGUCUCUCACACAAGUGUGCCUCUCCUACUCAAGAAUCCCGAGUACUUUUUCAAAGAAACCAACACCACUGUUUACGUGAUCUGGGGACCUUUUCGAAACAUGAGGAAGGAUGGAAAUGGCAUUGUGUACAACAUGCUGAAGAAAACUGUUGACAGCUACCCAACUGCCAAAAUCUAUGUGACAACAGAAAAGCGCAUGAGUUACUGUGAUGCAGUAUUUAAGAAGGAGACAGGAAAAGACCGAGUCCAGUCAGGUUCAUAUCUCAGUACGGGUUGGUUUACCUUAAUUUUGGCUAUGGAUGCCUGCUAUGGAAUUCACGUCUAUGGGAUGAUAAAUGACACCUACUGCAAGUCAGAAGGCUUUCGUAAAGUUCCCUACCACUAUUAUGAGCCAGGAAGAGAUGAGUGUGAGGAAUACUUUCUGCAUGAAAAUGCUCCAUAUGGAGGCCAUAGGUUUAUCACGGAAAAAAAAGUAUUUGCUAAAUGGGCCAAGAAGCACACAAUAAUAUUUACACACCCCAACUGGACAGUAUCUUGAUACUGGUUUUCUUAACUCUCCCUUAACAGCAUAUUACAAAAAUGUCUCAGUUUACAAUAAUUUUGCUUACAUCUGGCUGGCCUUUCUCAGCCUAGGUAACACUAAACUAAAAACUAGAAGACAAAGAGGGUGAUGGUUCAGCUGUUAAGCAAAAUUAAUCAUCUGUGGAAGGCAGACACAUUGUUUGUUAUUUCUUAGGGUUUUACUCCACACAAUGCACUUUAUACUUUAACUGGAUUUUACUUCAAGGCAGGAGCAAUUAAAGACAGAUGAGAUUUCCUGCAUAUACAGGUGCACACAGAGAACAUGGUGGUCCUUUAAAACUUGUCCAUCACCUUAGUUAAUUAAAAUUAGUAUUUGUAGCUCAUCUGCAGUACUGCAGCACUAGUUCCAUUUGUGGUAUUAGUAGAAAUUUUCCACAAAAGAAAUAUGAGGAAAAAUAUAGAUCUCCAAGGUCUUUGAGUGAGUAAAUUUAAAAAAACACCUGAAUACAUUGAUACAUGUGAGCACUUGCAUAUAUGGUAAAAUUAGAGAUGAGCUAAAUAUGGUUCUUGAACUGUGCAGAACUCUCGCCUGAGAAGAUACUAUUUACUCAAGGCUCCAAAUUAAUUAAUAACUUCUGAAAUGCACCUUUCUUCCACCCUGGUCAGGCUGCACCAUCUUGGAUGAUGCAUUUUGUACUUUUUGAGGCUGUUGUCCCACAGUUUAGCUCCAGCAGCAUGGCACUUAGCAAAGACUGUGUUUUGCAGCCCAUGCUGAACCUUUGUCUGUUGUACCAAGCAUGCUGUCAGUACCCAAGGUGGUUAGUGUAAAGUUGUCGAUGAACAUCUCCAUUUACUCCAGUUGUGCCUUUGAGUUGCUUCAGCAUCCAAAUACCAGUCAGUAUUUUGACAGUAUUUCCCAUGCAGCCAUCAUAAUUUAUUUUAAAUCUCCAGUUUCCCCAUCUUUAAAAACAGGGAUAGUAUCUAUCUACCUCACAAAGGAGUUGUGAGGAUUAAUUUAAGUCCAUAAAGCACUUUCCUGAUGAAGAAUGCUACAGAGCAUGUAUUCUUAACACAAAACCAAUGGUACCUGUCAUUUAUUCUUGUCUGUUGGGUAUUUGACGAAAGUGACAGCAUGUCUGGAUCUGAUGGCGAAUUGUUCUGUGCAUCCACUUGCCUACUGAGGAUAAUUUGUAAUACUGCGUUCUCUCAGUUUGCAUUGCUUCAGAUGGAGUUGAAAGAACUCACCACCUCGCAGUAUUAUCUGCACAUCAAGAGGCAGUUCAAGAAUUUAAAAUAUACUCAUCUCUAGUUGAAAUAUGUAUUUCCAAGCUUAUUCUCGUGGAAAGUUUUCAACUGCAGCAGACUCAUUUGUAAUAUGACCAUAAUUCAACUACACAUGUGAGUUUUAUUUAAAAUGUAUUUAAAUUAAUGCUUUAAGUUUAGAAUGUGUCCUAUCAAUAUUUUAACAUCUGGAAUGUCAGAUUCAACACUGUAAUAGCCAAUACUGUGAACACUUGAAAGAAUUAUGUGUGGAACAUGACACGCAGGGUUUACUCACACUACUUAAACGUUAACCAACAGGAAACUUUGUAUGCUUUUGUAAAUCAUGAAAAGGGGAAAGUAAAAAGCUAUUUUUACAUGUAAGUAUUUGUAUACUGAAUAUUUCCUAUUGUAUAUUUGUAUAUAUAAAUCUAUAUUUUGUAUGUUCAUGGCAUGUAUAUUCUCUCAGCAGCAGCUGCAACUCUUAGGAUGGGGAGGAAAUCUCUUCACCAGUGUUCCUCCUCCAUUGGUUUCUUGUUCCUGUUGGUAGGUGAUGCCAGGGUAUCAUCUCUCUUGCUCCUUCUAUUUUCUACUGUAAAUGUAGCUUUCUGAUUUUAUUUUUAGUAUAGCUCAGCUUUUGCUGCUUACUUUAGUGCUGUAAGUGUUCAUGCUGGUUGUCAGACAAAGGCUGGGGCCAUGCUUACGAUUCUGUAUAAACAUCUAUAUUCAAAUACAGGCUCUGUUCUAGACUUCUUGCAUGACUUGAUGUCUCACCUUCCUGUUUGAAAAAGGAGAACAAUAAUAUUUUCCUACUCCCUGCCUUGACUGACUUUCUUGUAAGCUCUUGAGAUGGAUAUUCUCAUUUGCAAUGUAUUUGUAUAAUGCCUUGCAGAAGAGGUGCCCGAAGUGUCUGAAUGCUACAGGCAAUGCUAUAAUAUACAAAUAAUUCAAAGUGGCUGCUUCUUGUCCCUCGAGUUUAAAAUCAAUUGUAGGCUAAUAUAGCACGGGAUGAAAUCAAGAGGGGGAAGGGUCAUGGAUGGAUGAAGAGCUGUAGUAGCGAAAGACAGUGAGCUAGAUUUAUCGCAAUAUGCAUAUGCACCUUUUCAGUUCAGACGGAUGGCUGAAUAGAUGGAAAGCUAAUAAAAAAAUUGUAAUGCAGGAUUUGAAGAAUGCAGGACGCGCAGAACUAGGGACAAUGUUCCACACACAUUGUACAGGGUAGCCUGGGAAAACCUAUAGCUCCCUGGUGGGAAGAUGAGCUGAAAGGGAGAACAUCAGUCAAACUGAGCUUGUUUUAGAAGGUCUUUGGGUUAAUAGAAAGUUACUAUGAAAGUGCUGCACAUGGAAGUGCAGUUGGGCUGGACAGACUUACAUGACAAGUGUCCUCACGAAGCAUAGUCUUUCUCCCCAGCAAGCACAGAAUGAGGAUUCUGCCUGAGUUGUGUUCACAUGCAAGGCAGUUUUUAAGCCUGAGAAAGUUUUUAAGAUAAUUAAGACUUGCCAAAUCGCCAUAAAUCUGUUGUAAAAUAUGUGCUUCAUACUGAAGCUCCUUGUGGAGUGCUUGCAUGCUGUAUGAAACAGUAACUCAUGCAAAGGCUAGCUAAGAAAAAUACAGCUCUAGGAACAGCUAAACGUACAGCAAAAUUGAGAACAUCAUUAGAGUGCAGUUGUCAGAGCAAAGUAAGUGUUGCUCUCUGCUUGGAUUUGUAGUAAGAGCAGAUCCAGUUUUAGAAACAUUGCAGCAGGCUUCAUUCACACUAGAGUAAAUGAACAUCAGUUCCCUUAUUUAAAUGAGCCUGUCUUUAGCAUAAACUAAACACAUAUUUGCAUGAUUUUUAUGAUAUGAGUAAGGAACUGUGACCACUGUGUUAAAGAUGAUUCUACAAAGAAAUGACUUUGUCAAAAUCUGUUAAAAAUCAGCACUGUGGUACUGAAGAAAGAAUCUCAGUACUUGGCUGUGUAGUAAGAGACCUUGAUGAUUCACCUUCUGAGAGCAGUUAAGACAUCAGCUGAGAAUCAUUUAUUAAUUCUUUAAAUAAAGCCUACUACAGUUUACCUGAAUGUAAUCAGAUCCUAAUUGCUUAUUCAUUCAAGCAGUCCUAUUUUAAUCAACUACUCAUGUGUAUAAAACAAGCAGGGAGUUUACCUGAGGUUUUCAAAAUAGAUCUUCAUAUUGCUGCUAAUAGAGGAAGGCUCACUGUUAUGGUUUAAACCCAGCCAGCAACUAAGCACCAUGCAGCCGCUUGCUCACUCCCCCUGCCCCCUCCCCCCAUCCAGUGGCAUGGGGGAGAGAAUCGGGGAAAAAAGUAAAACUUGUGGGUUGAGAUAAAGAUGGUUUAAUAAGACAGAAAGGAAGAAAAAAAAAAUAUUACAAAAAUAAUAAUAAAAUAAUUGGAAUAUACAAAACAACCUCACCAACCAAUGCCUAGUUAGUUCCUGAGCAGUGAUCCACCCCCUGCAGCCAACUCCCCCCAGUUUAUAUACUGGGCAUGACAUCACAUGGUAUGGAAUAUCCCUUUGGCCAGUUUAGGUCAGCUGUCCUGGCUGUGUCCCCUCCCAAAUUCUUGUGCCCCUCCAGCCUUCUUGCUGGCUGGACAUGAGAAACUGAAAAGUCCUUGACUUAGUAUGAACAUGACCUAGCAACAACUGAAAACAUCAGUGAGUUAUCAACAUUCUUCUCAUACUAAAUCUAAAACAUAAAACUAUACCAGCUACUAGGAAGAAAAUUAACUCUACCCCAGCCAAAACCAGGACACUUACAAAUUAUUUGGCAUUUUUUUUUGCCAUCAGUCAGCUAAGACGUCACCAAAUGUUUCUUUUACAAUUUAGUUAGUUUUUUAAAAUAUACUUUUUGAAGAAAAAAAAAAAGGCAUUUAUUGUUUGACUUGCUUAGGCUUGGUUUUAAUAAAUGUUUAAAUUUUAAUACACUUUAUGUUUAUGUUGCAUUACCUUCUGAUUUAAUUUUUUUCCAAGGAAAAAAAGUUUUAAAUAGGAAGGAGCAGAAAUUUUCCUAAGAAAAAAAAAUCUUUUUGACUGGCUAAUUACUAAUUCACAGGUAAUUAACUGAAUAACAUAAAAAACUGGUUUUUGUUUUUCCAAACAGACACAGCAGACAUGAUCCCAAACUUUUCAUCCCCACUAGAUGUCCAGAUCACAUCCCUCUGCUUAUACCAAGGCCUCUUCACAGAAAGAAAAAAAGUAGUCUAUGUAUCCAGCCAAAUUCCCUUUCCAUCUGGGCUGGGAGGCUCCAUCUGCAGACUGCUCAUAUCAGUUACAUCAGUAAGCGGGAAGGACUGAGGAAGAGUUCUACUUAGGAGCAGAUGGUGUUCCAACUUCUAAAAAAUGCCCCUAAAGUGCUUUAGGAGAGGAGUACCCAUUGAUCUUUCCUGGAAAUACUUUACCGAAGUAUUCUGUUUCUUCAGAUGCCUUUAGCUCCUGUGUAGAACUAUUGUCCUACUCUCUCCAGUAGGAAUUAGCAGCAAUAAGAAAACAUGCCCUUUACAGGAAAAAGUAGAGGCAAAUUCUGUGUUGUUGAAGAUUUCUAUGUAAACAACACCAGGGAUGAAGAAGUCAGCCUGACACAAAUUAUCUGAAGACUCACUGCUUUAGGAAUCUUUGAUGACUCAAUUCAAAACUAAUGGAAAUCACUUUGGCAAGUUAAUGAAUACAGCACCCAUCCCAGUAAAAUCUUUGCAUUCCUAGGUACUAAGGUAAGCAGUGUUUUGUCUGAGAAGUACCGUGCGCACAUAAUGCAUUGCAUAGUUAAUAAAGAGGAGCUCAUCCAACACUCGGAGGGCUGAUGCAAAUGGUCUUUAUUCACCUGCUCGUGGGUUGGACAAAAGUAGGACCCCACACAAAGGUAGCUGGCAGCAGAGCGCAGAUGCUCAACCAGAGGACAUGUCCAGGUAAGUAAGAAUUAAAUAAGUAGUCACCCAUGAGUUAUAACUGGAUGGUGCCCUUAGUAAAUAGAAAAUGAGAAGCACUUUACAUAUUGAUGCUUAUAUUUUGCUGACUUUUUUUUCUGCAUGUAUCUCAGAAAUAGCGUAUGUCUUUAGUUGUGCUCAAGCAAGUCUGGGGUUCAUGAUGAACCUUAGGGUACCCACAAGAGUGAAACUCUGUGUUAGUGCCAAAGGAUCACACAGGAGCUGUCUGUGGGCAUUGUGAUGUACUGCAUACAACAGAGUCAUGUAUUUACUGAAAAAGGCCUGGUUUUCCUGACUAGGCACAGUUCUUUUGAGGAGAAAGUGUUUCAUUUUCAGCAGAUGUGUCUCAUUCUGUUCCUUCUUUCCUGAGAGGAUGCAGAGGAAUGUGACUUAGCCAUGUGGGAGUGAAGAAUGGUAUGGUAAAUAGCCAACCACCAGAGUCAUAUAUAUUUUUCUGGCUAUUGCUGUGAUGUAUAGCUAAUGACACAGAGAAAAGCAAGCUUUUUGUAAACCUUGUAUUGCAUCAUCUACAGAAGUCUCAUGUGUCUGUUCUGAAUUGGAGUCUCCUAGGCAAACCCUCCAGAAAGGGGCUGAAGGAGAAAGAGAGGGUCUGUCCCCAUUGAAAGACAGGGCUUCUGUGGAAGCCAUAGUAAUCUGUGUGGCAUACCUGGGCCUGCUCCCCCAGCUUUCAUAGGCUCCCCACCCAGCCGCAGCUUUGGGCCCUUUCCAGCCCCAUUGGAUGAGGUGCGUUGUCCAGCUGACUUAUACAGCCUGUGAGCUGCACAAAGUCUACCCCAUCGUCCCCUUCUGUGGGGCCAGGGGAGUGGUGAUGCUAACUUGGGGGUGAGGAGUGAUGGGUGUCAGAGCAGGGAUGCUCCCUCAAGUCAGCAGCAUGGUCUUGCUUGGAGCACAGUCUCACCUCAGGUGCUGAACUCGGUUUCUUUGAAUGUGGUAGGAAAGAUAUCACUGGGUUUUGUUAUUGUUUGUAUGAUUAACUCACAAAGAGUCGCCAUUUUAUGGGUGUCUUAAACAGCUGAUAUUGUGUCUUUUUUGCAUUGCUUGCUGCUAUUUCUGGGAAUUCCUCAAGAUAUGCAGCUGUCAGCAUCUGCCACUGCUGUUCUGAUUUACUGGCCAUAAAGAGACUGUAAACUUGAACUAAUGCAUGUUCUUACCAUGUAUUAUGCAUGAUAGCAUGUUACACAUUCUCGCACUAUAAUAAAUAAUGUAAGUUGUGUGUAAACUUAGUUUAAGCAGCAGGAGUAGUCCUUUUUCUUUUUCUCAUAUCAUGUGUUGCCCAGAGCACUUUGCUGGAGCUCUGUAAGAGCCAUUAGCAGCUGGCAGCAAAUAAAUUGUUGAAACGAGCCAGGAAAUAUUUACUAAAUUUGACAUUUUUCACUGGAAAAUCAGAAAUAGUUAAACUUGUUUUUGUGAACCUCCUCUAGUGCUCACAGUCACAAUUCUAUGUUCUGUUAUAAGGAAAUCACAUCUGAGUGUAACAUCGGGAAUGACUUUAUUGACAUGGAUAAUGCCAAGAUGUUGGCAGGGCAGUGAUCACAAAUUUUUUACAUUUAUGGGAGUAUCUUUUUAAUGGGAAUUGCACAUGUAGAAGAUUGGCUAAGAUGCCUGUAGUUUUUUCAUAUUGUUGCUGCUGAAAAUAGUAUUUCUGAGGAUGGCUGGAGGAAGAAAAAAUUGUGUGCUCACUGCUCUUUUGGCUGUUCAUCUAUCCCCUCCUCACACACAGACACAUGCACACACAUGCAAACACACUGCAAACACAAAGAGUGCCGAUAGGGAAAGUCUUUUUUUCCAGAUAGUGGCAAGUAAGAACAAAUAAGACUAAUUUACAUGGUAGAUGUAGGUUAUAGUACUUGUUGAUUCAUGUUUAUUCUGUAUAUUUCCAAAGCCUAGGUCUACAUUAGUGAGGAAUUAGCUCAGCUGGAUCAGAUCUGUAGCCUGAAACUGUUGGUGCUAAAGACCUGAUCUCCACACCAUGCAUAGUCUCUAGUUUGGUUCCAUGGGCUGAAUGCCACUAGUGAUUGGAGCACAUCUUUUAGUUUCAUCCAAAAGGAAUCUAGUUCACAUCCUCAGGACCACUCCAUCAGGCAUACAGAACCUUGUUAAGUGAGGCCACGAUACUGGACUGCCCCACAAGAAAGUGAAAUUCCUAUUAGCCCAUCUUUUGGCUAAAUAGAAUCCCUUUGUUGGUUCCCCCCACCCCCGCCUCAGGCUUUGCAUAGGUGUUUUUUUGCAUAGGUAUUUUUCUUUCAAAUCUGAGAUCUGAUUCCUCCUGUCAGAUCAUGGGAAUCAAGGGCUCCUGACUCCUCCUAAAAUUAGCAUCCAAAUGUGCUCCGUAAAUCAGGAAUGUGGUAUAGGACAGGGUAAUCCAGCAUGCGUACAGAAUGGAAAGUGCUUGGUUUGAUGAAGAGUUAACUGAUUCCACUUGUGGAUGUGAUCUUUAUCAUGAACAUGCUGGAUGCUUGCUAAUGCAUGCAUUGUUUUUGUAUACUGCAUUGCACAUAAAAAUUCCCUUCAUCAUUUUCCCAGGGUAUUUUUGUUCUUGUGGCCUUCCAGUUGUGUCUGUAUAUGUGUGCAUAUGUGCAUGUAUAUACAGUGUACAAGCAUUCUUCUGUUCUUAGACAGUUGCUACUAUAUGCUGCUAACAUAAACUUAUUUAGAAAGUUCAUGUUAAACUAUUUAUUACAUGUAUUCUUUGGUUGCCUUUUUGUAAUGCUGACAAGUGUAUUCAUAGUAGAUAUCACUGUAGACUUAGAAAACUUUCAUACUAUUUAUACUUAUCUUAGAUGUUCUGCCAUGUGUUUUCUUGCUAUAUGCUACUUAGUUUUUGCUCCCAUUUGGAGAAUGUGCUUCUGUGUACUUCUAAAAUUGUGCCUGGGUUAUUUUAAAAUAUAAAUAAAUGUAUAUGAUUUUCCA